AUGUGUGAUCAGACCUUCUUAGUUAAUGUAUUUGGCUCCUGUGACAAAUGUUUCAAACAAAGAGCUCUGAGAACAGUUUUCAAGAAAUCACAACAACUCAGCUACUGCUCAAUAUGUGUAGAACUUAUGGCAACCGACGGGCUGCAGGAGAACGAGACGCUGGCGUCGCUGAAAAGCGAGGCCGAGAGCCUCAAGGGCAAGCUGGAGGAGGAGCGGGCCAAGCUGCACGACGUGGAGCUGCACCAGGUGGCAGAGCGGGUGGAGGCCCUGGGCCAGUUUGUCAUGAAGACCAGAAGGACCCUCAAAGGCCAUGGGAACAAAGUUCUCUGCAUGGACUGGUGCAAAGAUAAGAGGAGGAUCGUGAGCUCCUCACAGGAUGGGAAGGUGAUCGUGUGGGACUCCUUCACCACCAACAAGGAGCACGCGGUCACUAUGCCCUGCACGUGGGUGAUGGCGUGUGCUUACGCCCCGUCAGGAUGUGCCAUAGCUUGCGGUGGUUUGGAUAAUAAGUGCUCUGUGUACCCAUUGACAUUUGACAAAAAUGAGAACAUGGCUGCCAAAAAGAAGUCUGUAGCUAUGCAUACCAACUACCUGUCGGCCUGCAGCUUCACCAACUCUGACAUGCAGAUCCUGACAGCCAGUGGCGACGGCACAUGCGCCCUAUGGGAUGUGGAGAGCGGGCAGCUGCUGCAGAGCUUCCAUGGGCACGGGGCUGAUGUCCUCUGCUUGGAUUUGGCCCCCUCAGAAACCGGAAACACCUUUGUGUCUGGGGGAUGUGACAAGAAAGCCAUGGUGUGGGACAUGCGCUCUGGCCAAUGUGUGCAGGCCUUUGAAACACACGAAUCUGACAUCAACAGUGUCAGGUACUAUCCCAGUGGAGACGCCUUUGCUUCAGGGUCAGAUGAUGCUACGUGUCGCCUCUAUGACCUCCGAGCAGACAGGGAGGUCGCCAUCUAUUCCAAAGAGAGUAUCAUAUUCGGAGCAUCCAGCGUGGACUUCUCCCUCAGUGGUCGCCUGCUCUUUGCUGGAUACAAUGAUUAUACCAUCAACGUCUGGGAUGUUCUCAAAGGCACCCGAGUCUCCAUCCUGUUUGGGCACGAAAACCGCGUCAGUACUCUCCGAGUUUCUCCUGACGGGACUGCUUUCUGCUCAGGAUCGUGGGAUCAUACCCUGAGAGUCUGGGCAUAAUCAUCAUCUCACAGUUCACACAUACGUACCUGAGGAUGGAAUGUGAAAUCUUCACCUGUAAAUAGAUAGACCUUCUAGAAGAGCUUAGGGUUUCUUGCAGUUUAGCUUAAGGGAUCAGCUGCAUAGCUCAAACUCACUAAGCAUCUUCAGCAUCACUGCUAAAACCACCACCCCUGGAAAUACAUUCUCAUGAGCCUUCAGCACUACAAGAAUACUUUGAAGAACAGUAUUUUUCAUUUUGACCUAUUUAUAAAGUUUAUCCAUUUUUAAGGUUAUUCUAAAUAACUUUAAGUUUAUUCUAAAUAAUUCAACUCAUUCUGUUGCCCAUAGAAUUCAGCAAUUGAAUAUUUCAUACUACUUCCUUGAAUCAAAUUCAUUUUCAGAACACUUUAAAAUCUGCUUUUUCUUAGCGUACACUGUGACUUUUGGAACCUUGCUCUAGAAGUGCUGGUUUUAUGGACUGUCUAAGGAGGAAUGUGUUAAUUGGCCUGUGACAGAACAAAAUUCCAAUUCCAAAUGUUAUUGGACAAAACCACUUUUUAAAAAUGUGUUUUUAUUAUAAAAUUAUCUUUUUUCAGUCUCCUGUCAUCUUUUUUGAGAUAAAACAUUUUUG